AUGGGUUCUCUGGCCCUGCAGCUGUGCGCUCUCGUCUGCCUGGCGGUUCAGUCGGCUUCUGGCAGCCCCAUCAUGAGUCUGGAGCGGUCGCCUCUGGAAGAAGACAUGCCCCUCUUCGACGAUGUCUUCUCAGAGCAAGAUGGUGUCGACUUUAACACAUUGCUGCAGAGCAUGAAGAAUGAAUUCCUCAAGACACUGAACCUAUCUGACAUCCCUUCGCAGGAUUCGGCCAGGGUCGACCCGCCAGAGUACAUGCUGGAGCUCUACAACAAGUUUGCAACAGAUCGGACCUCCAUGCCAUCUGCCAACAUCAUUAGGAGUUUCAAGAAUGAAGAUCUGUUUUCCCAGCCAGCCAGUUUUAAUGGACUCCGAAAAUACCCUCUCCUCUUCAAUGUGUCCAUUCCUCACCAUGAAGAGGUUAUCAUGGCUGAACUGAGGUUGUACACGCUGGUGCAAAGAGAUCGCAUGAUAUAUGAUGGAGUAGACAGGAAAAUUACCAUUUUUGAGGUACUAGAGAGUAGAGGGGACAGUGAGGGUGAAAGAAGUAUGCUGGUCUUGGUUUCAGGGGAGAUCUAUGGAACCAACAGUGAGUGGGAGACUUUUGAUGUCACUGAUGCUAUUAGACGUUGGCAAAAGUCAGGUUCAUCCACCCACCAGCUGGAGGUCCACAUCGAGAGCAGGCAUGAUGGAGCCGAGGAUGCUGGCAGGGGACAACUGGAAAUAGACACCAGUGCCCGAAAUAAGCAUGUCCCUUUGCUUGUCGUGUUUUCUGAUGACCAAAGCAACGAGAAGGAGCGGACAGAGGAACUGAAUGAAAUGAUUGCCCAUGAGCAGCUUCUGGAGUUGGACAACUUGGGCCUGGACAGUUAUUCCAGCGAACCUGGAGAAGAAGCUUUGCUACAGAUGAGGUCAAACAUCAUCUAUGACUCCACUGCCCGCAUCAGAAGGAAUGCUAAAGGAAACUACUGUAAGAGGACCCCACUCUACAUCGACUUCAAGGAGAUUGGCUGGGACUCUUGGAUCAUCGCCCCACCUGGAUAUGAAGCCUACGAAUGCCGUGGGGUUUGCAACUACCCCCUGGCAGAGCAUCUCACACCCACAAAGCAUGCGAUUAUCCAGGCCCUGGUCCACCUCAAGAAUUCCCAAAAGGCUUCCAAAGCCUGCUGUGUGCCCACCAAGCUAGAGCCCAUCUCCAUUCUCUACUUAGACAAAGGUGUGGUCACUUACAAGUUCAAAUAUGAAGGCAUGGCAGUCUCUGAAUGUGGCUGCAGAUAGAAGAGGAGUCCUGUGCUAAUUUAACAACUGUAAAUGUGUAUAUUUUGUGUUCCUAUUUAAAGAGAUUAUUUAAUAAGAGUGUACAGAUGAUAGAGGCUUGCUGCCUUAGGGAAAUGGGCAGGUCAGUUUGUUGUAGGAAAUGCAUAUUUUGCUAAUAGUCUCAUCCCUUCCCAUCUGUUUUUCUUUGGACUUGCCAUUUCCUGGCAAUGUCAUUUCCAAUAACAAGUGGCAAGCCACACUAAUUGUCCUCUAUGUCAAUUUGAAAACAACAGGCCCUAAGCAGAAAUAGAGUGUCAGAUGAUAGAUACUUGUGUAUGUAUAUGUGUACAGAGAUAAACUUAUAAAACUCUCUUGGUUCUAUAGAGGUAGAUUAUA